GUCAAUACUCACACUCAUGCUGCAGGGAAUCCACGGACGGAUUUCUAGGUCUGCAAUAGACUGACGUUUAGGUGGGGCGUUCAUACGUCAUUUCCUUUUUCUUAUUCUGCCGCCUGGAUUCCCCGGGAGUUGCGGCGCACGUCAGGUGGUUUGCCAUUUCCUUCCACGCUCCAGAGACCAGUAUCAUCUUCUAUCUUGCCUCUGAACGAGGGCGGUCCGAGUUGCCUUCCGGUUGGUGACCGACGUUUGUGACGCUGAGACUAACCGAGGUCAGCGUCAGGCUCCUCGGAGUCGCGAGACGUGGUCAGUGACGUCAGCGCGUGAAGUAACGCGGAAGUGAAGAAGUGGAAGUCAAAGUGUCCGAAAUGUCGAUGGUGAAUCCGAAACAGACGAUAUCGAACCCGGUGAUCCCCUUCUCCUGGACGGUUCUGGGCGGGUUCCAGCCGGGGGAGAUGGUCCUGGUGCAGGGUUCAGUCCCGCCCUCCGCUGACAGGUUCCAGGUGGACUUCCUGUGCGGCAGCAGUGUGAAGCCGCGAGCCGACGUGGCCUUUCACUUCAACCCUAGGUUCGGUUGGCUCUCUCAGUGCAUCGUCUGCAACAGCCUGCAGGGGGAGCGCUGGGGCCAUGAGGAGAUCCUGCACCACAUGCCCUUCAAGCCAGGGGGCGCCUUUGAGCUGGCCAUUCUGGUCCAGAAGGACACGUACAAGGUGGCGGUGAACGGCACUCACCUGCUAGAGUACCGACACCGGCUGGGCCUGGAGCGGGUCGACACGCUCGCCAUCUCGGGUAAAGUCAAUGUGGACGCCAUCGCUGUUCUCCCGUCUUUGACUGGCUCUGAACCCCCGGGCCCUGGCUCCGGUCCUGGGUCCCAACCUUCCAACACGCUGGCGCCUCCAUGCGGUGACUGGAAAGUUCCCUUCAGAGCCGAGCUGCCCGACGGACUCAGCGCGGGUCGCAGCAUCACCAUCAGGGGGCGCACGACCGAUGGCGCCCAGAGUGUGUGUGUGAACCUGCGGGUCUCGGGCAGCUCGGACAUCGCUCUGCAUCUGAACCCGCGACUGGACAGACGGCUGUUUGUGCGGAACUCCUUCCUAUCGGAGUGUUGGGGCUCAGAGGAGACGCAGCUGGACGCCUUCCCCUUCAGAGCCGGACACUACUUUGAGAUGAUCGUGCUGUGCGAGCAGCAGCGCUUCCGAGUGGCCGUGAACGGGUCGCACCAGUUCUGCUACAAGCACCGGGUCCAGGACCUGAGCCGGGUGACCCUGCUGGAGAUCACCCAGGACCUGACCCUGGAGGAGGUGCGGCUGCAGUGAGAGCCGGACCCCACAGAACCACAGCCUCGCCACUCUCACGUCCCUUUAUUGAGGAGUAUGAUGAUGGUGAAGAUUAAGAUGAGGAUGAUGAAGAUGAGGACGAUGAUGAUUAAGAUGGUGGUGAUGAAGAUGAGGACGACGAUGAUGAUGAUGAAGAGAACGCUGGAAGCCGAACUCACCACUCUUGCGUCUCUUUAUUGAUAAAUGUAAAUAAAUCACAUUCUCCUGGCUCCUGGUUCAGACGGGUCACGUGGGUCAGACAGGUCUGAUGGGGGGCUCAGCUCUGGAAACAGCUCCUGCACGGCGAUGUCCAGCAGGAGGUAACUCAUCUGAGGAGGCAGAGGCAGCGUCAGAAGUGGGCGCCACCUGUGGCUGACGCUGGCUCACCUGCUUGUUGAGGAGCGGCUGCU